AUGGCAGAGGGAGCAAUUACGCAAGGCGCUAUUCAGAGCAUCUUCCAGCCCAGCGGCUGCUUCGUAGAAAACCCCGUCCUGCAAUGCGUGCAGAUCAAGACGAUGGAGCCCAAGGCGGGCGAGGCGAACCCAGUGCAGCGGUUCCGCGUCGUCUUGAGCGACAUUCGCAACUUCAUCCAGACUAUGAUCGCGACAACCGCCAACGACAUUGUCACUUCUGGUCAGCUUAAGAAAGGCUCGAUAGUUCGCCUCCUCAAGUACAACCCUCAGCGCGUCAAGGAUAAAAACAUCCUGAUCAUCAUGGAACUGGAGGUCCUGUCGCAAUACGGCGAGCUCGACAAGAUCGGACAACCCGAGGCUCUCGACACCAAGGCCGCUGAGGCACAACCCGCAGCUAUCUCAGGCAACAACUUCUACGGAUCGAAGCCGGCGCCUGCCCCUCAACAACAGCGGUCCCUCCCUACUCACCAGAGCAAUCCCGGUGCUUCCUCGCAUCCCAACCUCUACCCUAUCGAGUCUCUUUCGCCAUAUGCACACAAGUGGACUAUCCGCGCGCGAUGCACCGCCAAGAGUGAUAUGAAGGAAUGGCACAACCAGAAGGGAGCGGGCAAGCUGUUCAGCGUAAACCUGCUCGAUGACACUGGCGAGAUCCGAGCCACGGCUUUUACCGAAAUCGCUGAUAAGCUUUACCCCGUCUUCGAGGUGGGCACCGUAUACUACAUCUCAGCACCCUGCCGAGUCACGCUUGCCAAGAAGCAAUUCUCCAACCUGCCCAACGACUACGAACUGCAAUUCGAACGCGACACCGAAGUUGAAAAGGCGGAAGACCAGGAGAACAAACCACAGAUACGAUUCAAUUUCACCAAGAUUGGUGACCUGAACACCAUCGAGAAGGACGCAACGGUCGAUACUAUCGGUGUUUUGAAGGAGGUCGCAGAGGUUACUACGAUAACAUCGAAGAACACCAACAAGGACUACAGCAAGCGAGAGUUGACACUAGCCGAUGACAGCCAGACGUCUGUCAGACUUACCAUCUGGGGCAAAGCUGCCGAGAGCUUCGAAGCGCCGCUGGAAUCAAUCAUUGCAUUUAAGGGAGCCAAGGUCUCCGACUUUGGCGGACGAAGCCUGAGUCUGCUGAGCUCCGGCACCAUGAUGGUAGAUCCAGACAUCGAUGAGGCUCACAAGCUGCAAGGAUGGUUCAAUGCUGCUGGACAGACUGCGACAUUCUCUACACACCAGAACUUGACCUCGGCUUCAGGCGGAUCCAAGAACGAAAUCAAGCCCAUCUCGGCAGUCAUCGAGGAGGAAGCUUACCUCCAAGACACACCCACAUGGCUAAGCCUCCGAGCAUCUGUCUUGUACGUCAAGAAUACUACCAUUGCAUACCCUGCGUGCUCGAACCCCAGUUGCAACAAGAAGGUCAUUGAGGAGAACCCCGGUGCCUGGUGGUGCGAGAAGUGCCAGGCUACCUUCCCUGAACCUCAAUACCGCUAUGUGCUUAGCGUCAACGUUGGCGAUCACACUGGCACGCUGUGGCUGAGCUGUUUCGACGAAGCUGGACAAGACAUUGUUGGCAUGUCGGCAAACGAUGCCAUGAAGAUCAAGAUGGAUGACGAUGAGAACAACACGCAGAACUUCAUGAAUGUCAUGCAAGAGGCUACAUGCAAGACGUUCAACUUCAGGGUGCGGGCAAAGAUGGAGACAUACCAGGACCAGCCAAAGCCGCGAUACCAGGUUCAGAACUUGCACAAGCUCAACUACGCCGCGGAGGCCAACAAGCUGGCUCAGCUCAUCAAGCAGUACAAUAUCGACGACGGCACCUUGUUCGUAAACUGA